CAUCCACAGUCACUAUUUAUUUUGGCGAACUCUUUGAGUAUUUUAAAAAUUUUUCAACAUUUCACAAGUUUUUGCAAUGGAAUAUGUGAAAAAUACUUAAUAAUAUUAUUGUUAAAUAUGUCUAAUUUCUGAUACUUAAUCUUAAAAAUGUUUUCAGUUUAUUAUUGUCCGUAAAAUCAACAAUAUACGCCAUACAAGUUAGUAUAGGUUAUGUAAGUUAAAAGUUCACGCAACAUGAAGUUGGAUUGCUUUAUAAAAGGGCGCUGGAGCGAGCAGGCGCUCAUUUCAGUGCAGCCUAUGAUGUCGGACGUUUCUAACAACGGCACAGCUGAAGAAACUUAUUUGGUCGAUAUGGACGCUUGCUAUGAGACGUUCGACAAAGACGGAGACGGGAAACUUAAUUUUGACGAGUUCAGGCUGAUCUGCAAGGCUUUGUUUCGCAAUGACAAAGGACAUAUAUACCCACUGCCGGAGGAGCGUGCCCGCCAUAUCUUCCAAGUGUUCGACAAGAAUGGCGAUGGCUAUGUCGACAAAGAAGAGUUUACGUUUUGCUGGAACCAUUGGAUUAAAGUGAUAGUGCGUCCGGUGAGCGCCUUUCUUAUAGUGGAUGUGCAGAAUGAUUUCAUAUCCGGAACCCUCAAUAUCAGCAAAUGCAACGCCCAGCAGGACGGCAGUGAGGUGGUGGAGCCCAUCAACCGUCUGCUGGAGACGGUGAACUUCGACUGCGUGUUCUACUCGCUGGACUGGCACCCGCCCGACCACGUCUCCUUCAUCGACAACGUGCACAUGCGGGAGCUCCACCCCUCGUGUCCAAUCCCAGCGGACAAGGCGCAGGCAUACGACACGGUAGUGUUCGCGGGCCCGCCGCCCAUGCGGCAGCGGCUGUGGCCGCGACACUGCGUGCAGGACACCUGGGGCGCCGAGCUGCACAAGGACCUCAAGGUGGUGGAGGGUGCGGUGAAGGUGUACAAGGGUACGAACCCGGAGGUGGACUCGUACUCGGUGUUCUGGGACAACAAGAAGCUCACGGACACCAGCCUCAUCUCGCAGCUGCGCAUGCGCGGCGCCACCGACAUAUUUAUAUGCGGCCUCGCGUACGACGUCUGCGUCGGUGCGACGAUAGCAGACGCGCUCGCGAUUGGCUACCGCGCGGUGCUGAUAGACGACGCGAGCCGGGGGGUCGACCUCGCCGACAUCGAGAAAACCAAGGCCACCAUCAUCAAUAACAACGGGGUCAUUGUCACAUCGGACGAGGUGGCGGCGAUGGUAGAAGGUAGAGAUAGACGACCGGAGUUAGGGUACAAGCUGGCCAUGGAACUGAAGAACGCCAUGGAAGAAGCGCAGUAAGCCCAUCCUGUACUUGCACAUAUCCCCUGCCUUGAAAUAAGGGAUAAUACAAAAAAUAGGAUUAAGCAUCCACAAUCAACUAUUUUAAUAGUACAAAUUUUCAUGUGCAACUAAAUAACUAUAGGUGAUUACUAUGCUUUAAUAAUGUGAUGAAAUUUGAAAAAAAAAACAUGCGUAUAAUUCUAAUAAUAAUGGUAUGUAAAUUGUGUUGCCAUCACUUAAAUAAGCAAACUUCAUUGUCACAAAAAUUAGAGAGAUAUAUAUAUA